AUGGCGCUUGUUACAACAAUGACAAGUUCAGCUAAAAAUAAUAUUCCUAUUGCUGAACUAUCAUAUCUAGAAACUAAUGUCAUAUUGAUUCGAACACGUUAUUGUCCGAAAAUUCGUCAUAUUACGUCAUGUAAAAUUCGAAGAGGAGUGCUAAAAACAAAAGAAAAUUUCAUAAAUAAAAACAAACCAACAUUUCUAUUUGUUGAUGCUCGAAAAGCAACAGCAAAUGGAUCAAUAGGUCAUAAUUCAAAUGAUGAUGCAACAUCAAAUACUAUUGAUUAUGUUGAAUAA